AUGACAGACCAAAGAUCCGCCUUUCGCUUUCGUGUCCCUCGGUUGAGACCUAUCCCAUCUCCUCGUCCCACUACUCCUACCACCCAAACCACGGUAAGAAGGCCACCUAGACCACAACCUCAACCUGCACCAGCACCAACACCUCAACCACGUGCACCAUUACCAUCACCGCCACCUGCAUUACCUGUUAGACCACCUUCACCUCAAGUACCAGCUACAUUACCACCUACGCCACCAAGUCUGCCUCUAGGCACUGUCCCAGCUUCAUCACUCGAGCCAUCAUCAGUUAAGCCAACACCAUUACUACAAGUGCAAACUGAAUCAUCACAAACCCCACCAAAUCGAUCUUUGGGCACAGUCCCUGAUUCAUUACCCGAGCCAGUAGUUAGACCAACGCCAUUACCACCACCGCCACCACCUGCAUCACCACCAUUGCCACCAGUUCGAUCUUUGGGCACAGUCCCUGAUUCACCACUAGAACCACAAAAUAAACCAUCACCACCACCACAACAUGAACCCUCACCAACCUCGUCAUCAUCUCAUUCGCGCAUUCAGUCACCGGUUUCUUCACAUCCACCAUCACCAUCUCGUACGUCUACUCAACCACCUUCUUCACCUAAAUUGCUCGAGUCACCACCUGAAGCUGAAAGAUCAACAAAAAAGGCUUCAAAUGACGGUCGAACGGAUGUCAAUCCUGCUACUGAUCCAGCCCCUAAUGAUUCCAUAAACAAAGUGGCAGGAGAAACGAAAACUGUCCCACAAACUCAUGAUGAAACAUCCACAGAGCUAUCAAGUGACCAUUCUAAUUCAGAAUCACAAUUUAAAGAAAAACCAUUAAACAAAACUCACAUAACACAAGACAACCACCAUGAAGACGAAAAGACCAAAUCAAUACUUUCACAUCCAGGUAACGAAAUCCCAGAACCUGAUUAUGCUGAAAACGCAGAAUCAAACGGGCCACAACAUGAAGAAACCACGGAUAACGUUCAUACAGAACCAAUAAGCCAAAUUUGGAAUGAGAAAAUUCCAAGUGUUAUUACACUUUCUGGAAGAAACCGAGGGACGUCAAUGCAUAUAAAUUCUGCAGCAAACAGGCGAGGAAAAUCGAUUCAUAUCACUAGAAGGUACAAACACAACCCUGAUGAGAUCACAGACACUACUGAUGGAGAAGAAAGCUCAACCGAAAAGGCACCAGAAAAGGAAAAUGAGGAUAAAAAUGCGUAUAUUAACUGCAAUAUUCAAGGGAUAAAUAACUCAAUGGUGUUUAACUGCACAAUUACAGAAAAAAAACCAGGUGUUCAUUUAGGUUCUUGGGAUCCAAUGGACGUGAAAAAACCGAAAAGGAAGUAUAUAAAGUUGAUGGAUAAAAAUAAAGUUAAACUCAACAUUAGCCCGAAACAGAAGCAUACUAUCAGAAGGAGAUGUCUAAGAGGCCUUUUCAUGGAGUCGAGUGAUUCUGACCCGAAUGAUCCACAGAAGUCCAGACGACAUGGUUGUCGCUAUAGCAGCGGGGAAAAAAGUAACAAAGAUGAUCAGAUGGAUGUAUCUUAAGUUUUAGUUCAUUUGUGAAAAAAAUGUAUAGAAUAAGGGAAGGAUGAUUAUCCACCAUCAAUGAUACUCUUGUGUUUUCUUGAUCUAAU